GCUUUAUUCUCUACGCCUUACCAUUCCAUUGACAACAAAGAAUAUGGAAGUUAAGUAGGAAAUUGAAGGCCCUUCCCCGUGUUACUCCAUGUUUAUAGCGGGUCUUGAUGAACAAUUCCACGUUGAAAUCCUGCAGGGAGAAUAAACAACAAUGAUGGACCCGUCCCUCCAGUCAAUCCUUGACAUCAAAGUAAUCUGUAUCGAAACGCCCAGCCUUGUUGUGUUUCAAGGUGCAGAUAACUCUUCUUUCUGUUGGCAGUUCCCAUUGUACUCGUUGUACGCUCAAUGCUGUCUGAUAUAAAAACGACGCUGACUAUUUUCGAAUUACGUACCAACGAGGUCUUCUCUUCUUCUUUUUCUUAUCCAUAUUGCAUCCCUACGUGUUAUCAGUUAUCUCAAAAGGCAGAUUUCAUCUUGCAAGAGCCAACAUGUGCCAACUCACAGUGAACUGGCAUAUCUGUAGCCACCUCGUCCCUCAGAAGGAGACUUGUCAAUUCGACAGCCUUUCUGAACACAAACCGCGUGAGAGUACAGCCAUAUUUGAUGAAUCUCUCUGUUGGCUAUGCGAACAAUCCCCGUCGGAGUUCAUCAAUGCUAUGGUUACUACUCAACUGACGGCACAGGAUGUCAUCAAUGCACUGGGUGUAUCUGAAAACCAUCCAAACCUGAUGACCAUCAUUGGAAAAUAUUUUGACAGAUAUGAGAAUGGACAUAUGUCUAAUAUGAGGUUCAGAUUCGAUAGGGUUCUGGAUGGUUUGGAUAUGCCACGGCCUGAAGGUCACGAGCAGAAUCUGAACGCGCAAUUGAAUGCUCUUUCGGCGUUGGCUGCUGUCAACAAUGCGCAUACUUCCGCGAAUAUGCAGUCUCUUUCUCAGCUUCAAGCCCAGGGACUGGGUGCAUCAAUCGCGGGAAACCAGAGCAAUAUGGCAAUCACUAGUAUGUCGAUGCCAAAUGGUGGAAAUGUCUCCAGUGAUCAACAAGAUACUGUUAAUCCCGCACACAUGACUGUGGGAAAUACCACCGCAGAGCUCCUCGACUUGGACGACAUGUUCCCGACGUUGGAUGACCACCAGUCACUGAUCACUAUGGAGCAUCUGGAGUCGCUGCAGGCGCACAGAGACAUGGAUAUUUCCGACACAGAAAGCAGCGAUAGUGAGGAUUCUGUGGGAACUCCCGGUGUUGAAAACACUUAAGAUCUCGGGAAAUAAACAGCCGUCGCCAGCGAGAACUGAAUUUCAUGAGCAUGUGUUCGAAUUAGACCGUGUCAUGUCUGAAGACCAAAACAUUACCUCUCAAACGCAAUCCAACAUUUCAUAUCCGUUGUACACUCAGAACACUCAAAUCGAUCAUCUGACAUCUGCUGAACAUCGUGAAUUUUCGAGCUCCAAUCUACACCAUCUGACCGUCAUUAAUGCUUUGAAUCAUCAGCUGGAAACUCAAGGUCCGAGCUACGAACUU